AUGUCUCCAGAAGGGAAGAGGCUGUUGAACAUCAUCAUCCUGGGCUUCGGCUUUAUGUUCAUGUUCACAGCUUUUCAAACAUGUGGCAAUAUCGAACAAACUGUUCUCAAGAGCUUCAACAGCACUGAGUUUCAUGGGAGCGGAUACACGAGGGUAGGAGACUCCUAUACCUUCUUCCAGAGGGUAGGAGACUCCUAUUCCUCCUUCCAGAGGGUAGGAGGCUCCUAUACCUUCUUCCAGCGGCAUGGCCAUCAUCUAUGGAGUUUUCUCUGCGUCCAACCUGAUCGCCCCCUCGGUGGUCGCUGUCAUCGGACCACAGCUGUCCAUGUUCUUCAGCGGGCUUCUGUACAGCGGUUACAUCGCCAUGUUCAUCUAUCCGUACACAUGGAGCUUCUACACUGCGUCUGUGCUGGUUGGAGUCGCUGCAGCAAUCUUGUGGACCGCUCAGGGAAACGUUCUCGCCAUCAACUCCACCGACGCCAACAUCGGAGGAACAGCGGCAUCUUCUGGGCGCUGCUGCAGUUCAGCUUGUUCUUUGGGAACCUUUACAUCUACCUCGCCUGGCACGGACACGUGCACAUCACAG